UGUAUAUAUAUAUAUAUAUAUAUAUAUAUAUAUAUAUAUCGGUUCGCAUUUUCUUCCAGAACUGGAACCAAAGUGAUUAUGUAUUUUUUCUCAAUGAGAGAUUGCGGUUUGCCCUUAACGCUUAACGUGAGGACCAUCUUUAUGGCACAGAAUCACUGAGCUUUGCCUUUCUGUCAGGUGUCUGGAAAAUUAGUCGUCAUCAUGGAGAGCAGCUCAACUUUGCUUAUUUGUCGCGGACGUAGAAACGUACACCUCAGCGCUAGCUCUGUCACAGUGUCAUUCAGUGUUGUCAUUUGAAAGACGUUUUUUGCUUGUCAUGAUAUUCAUUUAGGUUGCUUUCAUUUAUUUAUUUAUUCUUUUAUUUAUUUCAUUUGUGUUCUUUCUUUGCUGGCUGUUUUAUUUUAUUACUUACUUAGUUUGUUUCUCUUGUUGUCGUCGCUGUUAAUGACAUUUGUGUUUAAUUGAGAUCCAACCAGCAAGGACACAAUACCUGUUGUUCAUUAUUCGGUUUUAUGCUUUGAAGACAAUUUUUAUUCCGUAUAUAUAUAUUUUUUUUAGUCUGAAUGAAGGUAAGGCAUUCCAGUGGACAGUGACAAAAUAUCAUCUUCAAGAAAUUUGAGAAUUGAUCUAUUCUGAUGUGCUGCAAGUGGGAGGUUUUUUUCUGCAACAGGAAGUGAUCUGCGGCGUUGAGUGAGUCUUUUGUUGAGAAGGGUUCUGUCUCUCUCUCUCUCUCUCUCUCUCUCUCUGUGAGUGAGUCAUGCGUGUGCACAGAUCUGCCAGGCUGCAGAGCGAGAGAGAGACAUCUCCUUCAUAAAGCUCUUUUCUCCUCUAUCGCCUGAACGCCAUUGCUGAAGAGGAGCGUCAACUUACUUCCCUCUAUUGUUCUUUCGGGUUUUUUUUACCUCCCAUGGAUUGUUUGAGUUGUGGUCUGUUUCUGGCCCUUGAGGUGGCCUAGUGUGUUGAGGGGAUUUGUAGCUUUUGCUUGAGCAGAAACCCUAGUGAGCCGCCGCCACCAGCACCACCACAGGUACCAUCGCAAGAGCUCGGCACCGAAAGGACGGAUACAGGCUCACUUGUACUUUUCCAUCCGGGAAGCUUUUUCGGCUCAGACAUGCCAGAGGAGCGGCCGGCGAGCACGGCAUCGCUUGUGCCCGUGCGCGUAUAGGCACACGGAGCCGGGGGCAUGCUGCAGCGCGCCAAGUACAACCGCUUCCGCAAUGAGUCGGUGACAUCUGUUGACGAGCUGCUGCUCCACGGCCUUCCAAUGAACGCCAAGGUGCCUGCUGGCGCCCCGGUGCCUGCUCCGGAGCCGCCGUAUGCGCCCGCUGCCGAGGCCCCGCCCCCCGAAACGGCGGAGGACUCGGGCACCGCCCUGUGCACCCUCAUCAACAAGGUGUCCAGUCUUAAAUUCACCAACUCCUCCGGCCUGCUGGGCAUCAAAGGCCUGCCAUCGGCUGUCAAGGACCUGGCUGUGUCCAAACUUCAGGGAGCAGGAGGAGGAGGGGGAGCAGGAGGAGGGUCCUCGAGUAGCCCGGCAUCUUCCUCCAGCCUCUUGGCGGCCACUGGGGGCAUCUCGUGCGCUUCUGCCACCUCUGGCCACCACGAGCCAGGCUCCAUGAGCACCGGGAAGAAGGGAAGGAUGGAGGAGGCACAGCCUGGUGCAGAGGACUGGCACACAGGUGGUGUGGGUGGCACUGGUGGAGAAUGCGCAGGCCUGGUGAAUAAACCCUCACGAGGAUGGCUGCACUCCAGCGAUAAGAUCGCCGGACCUGGAGUGACGUACGUUGUAAAGUAUCUGGGCUGCAUAGAAGUGCUUCGGUCCAUGAGAUCCCUCGACUUCACCACCAGAUCCCAAAUAACAAGGGAGGCCAUCAGUUUGGUGUGUGAGGCAGUACCUGGCACCAAAGGAGCACUGCGCAAAAAAAAGCCCCCUUCGAAAGCUCUUUCUAGUAUUUUGGGGAAAAGUAACCUGCAGUUUGCUGGCAUGAGCAUCAACCUGAACAUCUCAAUCAGCAGCCUAAACUUAAUGACCCCCGACUCCAAACAGAUAAUAGCCAACCACCAUAUGCAGUCGAUAUCCUUCGCUUCUGGUGGAGAUCCGGACACGACUGAUUUUGUUGCUUACGUAGCAAAAGAUCCAGUUAACCGCAGAGCCUGUCAUAUUCUGGAAUGUUCUGAUGGUCUGGCCCAGGAUGUGAUCAGUACGAUAGGGCAGGCGUUCGACCUGCGCUUCCAGCAGUACCUUCAGUGUCCCUCCAGCAAGCUGUCAGCUAUACACGAUAGGGUACUGAGCGUAGAGGAGCCUUCAUGGACUGAGGAAGGAGAGGAGCCUCCUGACCACUCAUAUUAUAACAACAUCCCUGGCAAGAUGCCCCCUCCUGGCGGCUUCAUCGAUGCACGGUUAACCAAUCAGACGGCAGAGAGCAGCCAGGGGGCCGGAGUAGACCAGACUUACUAUCAAGGCAGGCCUAUACUUGUCCAACAAGGAUCUUGUGACAUAUACAGUUUACCCGAGAUCAAAGGUCAGAGCCCUAAGCUGGGCGAAGUUCCUACAUACGUAAACACGCAGCACAUUGACCCACAGGUACUGGCAGCGCUGCAGGGGGACACAGAGACAGUGUGUGAACCAUGUGGGGGCGCCACAGCUAAAGACAGCCCAAGGAAAGACCUGUUCGAUAUGAAACCGUUUGAGGAGGCGAUCGUGACUCAGUCCCCAUCAACAUCAGUGUCUGUGUUGAAUAAGGCGUCGUCAGUGGAUAACUGCAGCCCGGUGCUGACACGCUCAGCCCUGCGCUCCCUCCCCGAGCUCGAGCAGCAGAGCUGGUACCACGGAGAGAUGAGCCGCCACAAUGCAGAGAAACUCCUGCGCAAUGACGGAGACUUCCUGGUGCGCAAAAGCACCACCAACCCGGGCUCGUAUGUGCUGACGGGCAUGCACAACGGCCUCGCCAAACACCUGCUUCUCGUCGAUCCGGAGGGCACGGUACGAACUAAAGAUCACAUAUUCGAAAGCAUCAGCCACUUGAUCGGUCAUCAUCGCGACAACAACCUGCCAAUCGUCUCGGCGGGAAGCGAACUGUGCUUGAAGCAACCCGUGGAAAGAAAACAGUGACGACUUCCCUCUGUGAAAGUAAACAAAUAAACAAUCUGCACAGGGGGGAACAGGCUCAACCCUGAAACCUGAUACUUGAAGAAGAAUACGAAUAACGAGUACGCGAAGACGACGGCGGACGAAAGUCAGAUUUACAGCGACGUCACCCGUCCCAUCGCUUUCGGACCACGCGAAAGAGAUCGGCGCGUACACAGACGACGCCUGAUUUAUAGAACUGUUCUAAUUAUUUUGUUGUGAAGACUGAAAUCCUAUAUUUUUUGAGAAGACACGGGUGCAUUUGGGCUUAUCGGCGUUUUAAACUCAAAAUGCAAACUAUUUGGAUGACUGCGAACUCUAUGGAAGAUAAGAUAAAAAAAAAGUAUUUUAGAAUAACCUAAAAAAAGUUUUAGUUUUAUCUAUCAAGCACAACCGGAUUUACAUGUUCGUUGGUAAGAGUUAGACGAGAUACAAAUUAUUUGAGGAAAAAAAAAAGUUGUUUAUAUUGAAAUAUUUUAGAAAUUGUUCUUUAAUUGCAGCUAGUGCCAGUGACAGGUCGUUCGAUCCUAUCAAAAUCACUGUUGGGUCUGCUUUUCUGGAGGAAGAUAUCAGUGUAUUCGCUUAAACCGUAGACACACACACACACGCACACACACACAGCUUUAAAGUACUGACACUUUUCUAUGAUGUUGAAUCCUGUGGCAGCGCACUCGCAUGACUUGAAAAAAAAAAAAGAGUUAAUUGUUCUUGUGGUCAUCGUUUGUAGCCCUCAAAGCCCACUGACCGGUGCUUGUGUAUGCUGACGAUGUACAAAUAUUUAUGCUUUUAUUCCGAAUAUUAACGAUCGAAUUUGGUUCCUUCUUUAAACUUGUAAAAAAGGUGUGUAGUUCAUUAUGUUCAGGGCUUCUUUUAUACCAUGGAUGUUUCUAUCAUUUUACGGCUUAUCACGGCUUGAUUGUGGGCUUUAAAAACACACACACACACACACACACACACACACAGGUUGAUAUAAUUUUAAACGAUAUAACGGAUAGCACAAACAAUGCAUAAAUCCAGAUUUAUUAAGGUAAUUAGUGCAUAUUAAUAUUGUUAGCAAUUUUAGUGACAUGAUCAAUGAUUGGGUAAUUAAUUUGUCAGCAUCCAAUCACAGAUUAUGGGUUAUUUAUUUAUUUAUUUGUUUAUUUAUUUUUUAUUUUUUAAGCAAGCUAAGAAUCUCAUGUGCAUGCCACUGGCUUUAGUGAAUCAGGUGCUUAGAUUGUCCCACUGGUUUUAUGCACCAACAUCAGACUUUAUUCAUUUCUUUUUCCUUUUCUCCUUUCCGUAAGUGUGCGUCCUCGUUUCGAAGGGAAAAAAAAACUAACCACAGUUCUUGACAAGUCUUUCCAAAGUAACUCACGAGUACGUCACGACGGCGCACCGGUUUCAGUUCUCGUUCAGACGGCCGCCGGACAGCGUUUCACAAUGAAUAUAUGAAACUAAUCAUUCACCUAUGCAAUUACACUCGUAAGUUCGUACUAUACAAAAAGAGAGCAGACGCGUAGAAUUAGGAACAUCUUAUUAAUCCUGGAGACAUGCUUAAAAAGAAAUUUGUGUAAUAAUAUUAAUAAUUUAUCGAUCUUACAAUUACGAUAGUAGGCUGCGUUACUAAGUAGUGAAUGUAUUUAUACUCCAGUAACUAGUACUUGCAUAGGCAAAAAUGGUUAUUUUCAUAUACGUUGGAGUAGAUUAAAAAAAAAUAAUAAGCAAGAUUGUUCUUUUUUUGGAUAUUGUGAUCAUUUCUUAAUCACACACUGGACACCUAAUAUUGAUGUAUUGAUAUAUUUUUCACAUAAAAUACACAAAACACGAGUAACGACGAACUGAAA